AUUUUUUCUUUAUAUUUUAAAUUUAAUGGCCGAAAAAUUCUUCGGUACAGUCCUCUGCCUCACCUUACGUGGCAUCUGAUAAAAGGAGGUGUUGAUAUCGGCUAUAGCCUAUAGCCCCCACCAUUAGUAUUUGAUUAUUUCCCUCUCUCCUCCUCCAUUUCGUUUUGGAGGGAUUUACGUUUCAUUUCCAUUCUCGCGCCUAAAAAGACUUUUCGUAUCUCUCUCUCUCUCUCUCUCUCUCUCUCUCUCUCUCUCUCUCCCCCCGUGGUUUUUUGCUUCUGGUUCUAAAAAUCUCCAGUUCAGGGGUCUCCAUGACCAAUAUUCUUCAAGCUUCACCAAAACACACACGUAUAUUUUCACUUUCAACAGGGAAUCGUCCUGAUUCGGUGCUGGCGCCAUCGCGAUUGAGGUUCCCAGGUAAUUUCCCCAAUUCUUAGGUUACAUUUUCUUGUGAUUAAUAUGCGGAAUGGUGCAGCCUAUAGAGUGAUAUAAUCGAACUUGGUUGAUUAGCAUUUACCCAAUGGCCAAUUAAUACUAUUUCGAAUAGGGAGAUUUCCCUGAUUUGUUGAGUGAAACAUAUUGGUUCAAGAACAAAACGAUUUCUGGGUUUCUCAAGACUUAAACUUCAUGGCAGAAGGUUUCAUAGUCGUUAAACGGAGAGAGCUCUGAGGCUGACAGAGAAGCUACAUAGCAAUCACCGAAAAAGCGCGCAAGAAAGAGAGGAGGUAUAUUGAUGGAGAACUGGGCAGCAAAGAAGAAAAGGAAGAAGAAGGAAGAAGCAGAGAACCGGUUCCAGCAUUUGCCAGACGAAGUCGUACUCAACAUCUUUGACAAGCUCUCUGACAUCCAAUGCCUCUGCAGAUGCUUCCUUGUCUCCAAGCGAUUUGCUUGCCUCAUCCCUCUCGUCCAAACAGUAUCUAUCGAAAGCAAAACCUGGAAUUCUAAAUAUGAUUUCAAAACUGUUCCCUGGAAAUCUAAAUAUGAUCAUGGUGGAACUUUUCCCCUCGGAGAUCUCUCAGAAUCCUUGAUAACCAACUUGGUCUUCAGACCCCUACGAGAGCUCCAUAAUCGCUCUCUCUUUCCUAGUUCUCCUCGGGACGUUUCUAUAGUCUUGUUCCACGCUAGAUUAACACACGUUCGAGCUCUCAAUAUUGAGCUUCCCUCCACUUUCGUCGGUAACAAUGAUUCUGUUUUCAAAUGGGGUGCCAAAUUCACCCCAAAUCUUGACAGUGUCACGUUUCUCUAUGCAUCAUCUCUCUCUAAAAUGAUGGAAUCUGAAGAAGAAGAAGAAAAAGAAUCUGAAGAAGAAGAAGAAUCUGAAGAAGAAGAAGAAGAAGAAGAGAAUGGGAUUUCUAAUAGGGAGCGAAAUCGCCGAGUGUUUAUAUCCAUUGAAUGCAUAAAAGAUGCAGUGUUGUGGCUAGGGAUCUUGAGUUUUGUGACUUGUGUCUCGCCUAAGCCGACGAUGCUUCAGCGCAUUGCCAUCACCGAUUCCAAGAAAAAGGGGGCGAAGCUCUGUUUGAGUGGUGAAAAGCUUGCGGAGUGCAGGAAUACAUUCAGGAUGCAUUCGUUGUCGAACAUGGGUAGUUCAUGGACGCUAGAGAAUAUGAGGGUUGGGUAUGUGCCUGUUUUACAGCUGCCAAUGUCCAAGUAUGUGAUGAAAGGGGUGACCAUUGUUAACUACAAAAUGUUCGCUGGUGAUGAUUACGAGGUCUAUAAGGCCAUGGUGGAUGCUUUUGCGGAGGAACAAGAUGUGUUUUCGGAAGCCGUGGUGCAGAUUCAGGAAAAACACAAGGACUGUAUGACCAAUGUAUUGUUCUAGAACUCAAAGCUGAUGUUAAUUCUGAAUUAUGUCUUUAGUUGCUGCUGUUAUUACUGCUUUAAUUUUACUUACCAAUUCAGAAGCUUCGCCUACAUUGCUAGUCUACAAUUCUGCAAUGCUAGUCAGUUAAGUGAUCAAAUUUUGUGAAUUGUUCCAAAUGUGCCUACAGUGUUAGUUGAAUUUUGAAGCAUUCGGCUUUGAUGUUAUGGUUGAUGGAAUCUUGAAUCUUAAA